AGCGAAACAUGCGCCACGAAGACAUCCAACAACCAACCCCAUCGCCAUCUACACAGUACAUACAUCAUCGCUAUCGUGUCGUCAUUGCACCCCGCUCAUUCUCGCGGCAAACGCUAGUUACUUUCUUUACAAACAAUCAAUUGUCCCACGCAACUACUUCCCGAACUUGUCAAGUCGAGCCGUACAACCGCGAUGUCCUCCAUUUGAGCGAGCGAUUGCAUCAUUACCUGUAGUCGUCCGCUGGCCUGAGGACAGCCCCGGGCAGCCUACGCUUCCGUUUCAUCGCCUUUUCUGAUACCACCUGUUAUUGUCGGAGCCCGUCGAGAUGGCCGACUCAGAACGGGCACCGCUCCUUUCUGUCGCGGACGGCAGCAAAGACUCCGAGUCUCGCGAACCCGAAGAGUCGAUCGAGUCAACCCCGCUAUUGACCAGCUCGGCUGCAACAUUGCAACACGAGGACGAGCAGGAUGACGACCAUCACGACGACUCAGCGUCUAUUGCUUCGCGUGCCACAAACACAUCUUCCGUCAAGUCCGCGAAGAGCAAAUCGAUACGAUGGCCAUCCAUCAUCGCCAUGAUUGUCUUGGCAUUCUCCGCGCUUGCCAUCAUGAUCCUCGCGUUUAUUGUUCCGACCGCCGUCGAGGAGUAUGCGAAGCAAGCGGUCGUUCUCGAACCCACGAAUCUGUCUCUCGAGUCCAUCACAGCCAACGGUAUCAAAGCCAGGGUGCAAGCCAACUUCCGGCUGGACGCACAGCGUGUUGUGAACGAGCACGUCAGGCGGAUCGGCAGGGCGGCGACGUGGGUUGUAGGAGAGCUCGGGACAGAGGAGACCAAGAUUAAUGUCUACCUACCCGAGUAUAACGACGUUCUGUUCGGUACUGCCGGUGUGCCUCCGCUGAAGGUCAGCAUCGUGGACGGUCGCAACAACGCUGUGGAUUUCGUGGCCGAUCUUGCUCUGGGUGAUGCCGAGGGCAUUCGCUCGAUUGCGAAUAAGUGGCUGGAGGGGAAAUUGGGUUCCGUCCGCGUCCGGGGGCAGGCCGAUGUCCAACUCAGGGCGGGCAUCAUUCCGCUGGGAACACACUCCGUUGUGGAGUCACUGACGUUUGAAGGCAGCAAAUUGCCUCACAUGCCGGAGUACAACAUCACGAGGAUGAAUUUCAAGGAACAGCCUGUCCCUGGCGAGCGCAAAGCGAUGGCGGCCGAAAUUACGAUCCAGUCUUUUAACAAGUACCCGAUCUCUUUCGACAUUCCGGAGCUCGGUUUCGAUAUCCUCGUCCCUGGAUGCAGCCCUACCGACCCCUCCAUCCUUGUGGCCGCCGCUACAACCAGCAGCAUAGCCGUGCGGGCACACGCAGACGUAGUUGUGAAUGCUCACGGCCUCAUUAAAAAGCUGCCCGCUUCGCUCACCCAGAUCUGCCCCAAUUCGGACUCCUCGCCCCUUGACAUGCUCUUCAAGAAGUAUCUCGACGGCAAAGCAGCAACCGCUCUCGUUCGGGGUCAAAAGCAUCCGGUUGGGGACACCCCAGGCUGGAUUACGGACAUCCUGUCCAGCGUUACCGUUCCUGUGCCGUUUCCUGGACGCUCGUUUGGUAACUUGAUUCGAACCUUUUCCCUGACCGAUGUCCACUUUACUAUGCCGGACCCCGAUGCGGAACCCGAUGAUCCCAGAUCCAACCCACAAGUCUCUGGAACCAUCUUGGUUCUCGCAGGUCUUCCUUCCGAGAUGAAUUUCUCGUUGAACGUCACCAACCUACGGGCGAACGCAGAUGUUUUCUACAAGGGCAACAAACUGGGAGAGCUCAACCUGAAGAAGUGGCAAAAAGCGAGCUCGAGGCAGAUACCAGCUAAGAAGAAGGGCAGUGAGGCCGGGCUGGAGAUCCGGUCACGUAUCAAGGACGCGCCUCUUAACGUGACCGACUCGGACGUCCUAACCGAUGUUCUUCAGGCUCUCCUGUUUGGCGGGGAAGUCAUGCUCAGCAUCAAGGCUCUUGUGGAUGUCAAAGUACAGACGAUACUCGGCCAGCUGGUGGUGAAGGCGGUCCCUGCGGAGGGGAAGAUCCCAGUAAAACCUCUCGGAAAGGACCUCCUGGGCGCUGCUGCACCCAAAGUCGGAAAAGUCGAGAUCACCGACACAACUCCUACCUCUCUUUCACUACAUGCAUUAGUUAAUAUUACAAAUCCAACGCCCUACUCGGCACGCAUUCCUUUCAUCAGCAUACACGUCGAAAACAACGGCACGAUCAUCGGCGAGGCAUUCGCAGAGAAUAUUGAUAUCAAGCCAGGCAAUAACACAAACCUGCCCGUCUCGGCCGUAUGGAAUCCGUCAAUGGGCGGGGAGGAGGGCCGCGAGCGUGGCCGCAAUCUCCUCUCGGAGUACAUAUCCGGCUACAACACCUCGGUCACCGUCCGCACCCACCGCGGCAGCAUCCCAGCCCUCCCACUCCUCGGCGAAGCCCUCUCCCGCCUCAACUUCACUCUCCCCGCACCCCGACUCCGCCUCCCCGGCGGCGAUGACGACGACGACAACGACAACGAAAACUCCCAACCCCACUUCAUCCGCGACGCGACCUUCCACGUCUUCUCCUCGACGGCCACCUUCACGCUCGUCUCCCCGCUGCUGCACAACACCAUCUUCAUCGACUCGGUCAACGCCACCGCGCUGUACAACCACACGGAGCCCAUCGGCCACAUCGAGUAUGCCCUGCCCUUUGCCGCGCCCCCGGGCUACUCGCAGACCCCCAGGCUGCCCGUCGACUGGUCGCUCGACUCGGUCGGUUAUGGCAAGCUCCGUGAGGCGUUGGGCGGGCGGAUGAAGCUUGAUGCGCAUGCCGUGGUGGGGGUGAGGUUGGGGAGCUGGACGGAGAGGGUUUGGUAUGUGGGCAGGGGGAUUGGGGCGGGGGUGCGGUUAAACACAACCAGGAUGCGCGCCAUCCUGCCGGGCAAGCCCGAGUCGCGGCUCCAGGCGCUGGCGACGGGGUGCUGGGAGUCGAGGCGCAUCACCGCCUACAUCACCGGCAACGCCCUCGCCAUCCUGGGCGACCCGGACAAGCUGCUCCAGACCGUCUACGACGACGACCCGGACCCGCUGCAGGCCGUGGCGCUCGACGAGGCCUCGGGCAAGAUCGCCGUGUGCACGCGCCGCGUCGUCAGGGUGUACCGGCCGGGGGGAGGGGAAGGAGGAAAUGGGGAGGACAACAAUGGGCCCGCCGUGUCGCUGUCCUGGGGCGCGUCCGAGGAAUUGCUCGUCGCCCAUGCGAGCCUCGAGCUGUACCAGACGUCGGUUACCCUGCCGAAGCCUGAGUGUUCGUGGCGGAAGCGGCUCGCCAACCCUGUUCGGCUGGCGAGUCUGUCCUACGACUCGGCGUAUAUCGCGUCGGUGGGGGAGUAUGAUAGGCUGGUCAAGGUCUGGCGGCGGCUGAGCUACGGCACGGGGGAGGUCCGGUUCGAUUUCAUCUACCUGAGGCACCCGAAGCCGGUGACGGGGAUCCAGUGGCGACGGCCGCAUCACGAGCCUCCAUCUUCCAAGGCGGAGGACAGUUCGCGCUGGGCGUUUGUCAUGCACGGGGGGGAUCUCGCUGCCGCGACUGAAAAGGCUGUUCAGGAGGGAACGCAAACGAAGGAGGGGGCCGCUGCGCUGGAGCAUCUUAUCAGCGUCGCGAAUCGCAGCCCGGAGAUUUGUGUCGUGCUAGAUGGUCGGGGGCGCAUGUCUGCGUGGGCUUUGGAGAACAUUGGGUGUAAGACCAACAAGUCCAACGUAUUCAUCGUGGCCCAUGUUACGUCUCCGGAGCUAGACUUCCUGAAGGGAAACCCGGUCGCAGCGAGCCCACAUGUCGAGGCUUAUAGUUAUUGUCAUUCUGGAGGGCACUUGCACAUCCUGCUACACUUCUUUGAUGGCAGGAUCGAGGUCUACCGCGGCAAUAUCGCCGCCUUGUUCGACCAGAACCCGAAAAGGAGACGGUUAGUUCAACGGGCUCUCUGGACGGGGCAUUCGCGGCCAAUACGCAAGAUUGUGCGAAACUUCAGCGGCAGGGCCAUUGUCUCACGGACGGAGCAUGGGCAAGGCGUAAUAUGGAAACACGAACUGGAUGCUACGCGGACCGGUCUCGCCCGGCAGGCGGUGAUUCCAGAGCAGGGGCAUAUCCACAGGAUGUGCCUCCUCAGGAACGGUCGAUUCGUCGUCUUCCUCCGCCACGAGAACAUCUCGCUGUGGGACUGCCGCCAGUCGGAGCCGGCGAUGCUGGCUGAGCAGAAAUACGAUGUGCCUGGGAAGCCGCUAUGUCUCUUGGUUCUCCCGAGGCAAAAGGUUGAGGACUAUACCACGGCGCAUAUCGCUACUAUCACAUCGGAGAAGAGGGGGGUGGUCUGGGAAGUCAAGUUCCCCUUUUAUUCCCGUACCCACUCCACGACCCCUACUGUCAACGGAGCCAAACAUCAACAACCCUCGGUGCACGAGUUCGCUCAGUUCAAGCUCGAAGACGCAGGCGACCUAGCCUACGUUCUGCCCGUCGACCCGGCCGGCACCACCCCGCACGUCUCGGGCUUCCUCGACGUCUUUGCCCGCGACGUCGCCAUCUCAUACACCCACUCGGGGCGAGUCGAGUUCUGGACCGCCCGCGUCGGCCACAGCAGCGACGGCGUCGAGUGGCUAUCAACCUGUUCCAUGGAGACCGGCGUCUCCAACCCCGCCCUCGUCAGCGGAAGCACGCGCAAAAAGGCGGCGCUCGUCAACGCGGCGCGGUCCGUCCUCACCAUCUGGGACAUCCGCGGCGCCCGCCUCGAAUACACACAAGACUUUGAAAACACGCACACCAUCCGCGACCUGGACUGGACCUCCACGCCCGACAUGCAAUCCAUCCUCGCCGUCGGCUUCCCGCACCGCGUGCUGCUCCUCUCGCAGAUGCGCUUCGACUACCUCAACGAAGGGCCCGCGUGGGCCGCCAUCCGCGAGAUCUCCAUCCGCGACUUCACGCCCCACCCCAUCGGCGACUCGGUCUGGCUGGGCGACGGCCACCUGGUCAUCGGCGCUGGCAACCAGCUGUUUGUGCAGGACCGCCGUUUCGAUGCCGGCAGCUCGCUGGUUACCAGCCUCCGCCUGCCGCAGCGCCGUGUUGGCCAGAAGCAUUGGGAUUUGUUUGAGGUGGUGCAGCGGCUGAAUGGGCCGCUGCCCGUGUUCCAUCCGCAGUUUUUGAGCCAGUGUAUAUUGGCCGGGAAGAUCGUGUUGGUGCAUGCUAUUCUGAUGGCGCUGUAUCGGACGCUGAAGUUUUGGGCUGAGGGGGAUGAGUUGGAUGAUUAUUUGGGUUUGCAGCUGGAGGACUUUUAUGAGGUCGAUCAUACCACCAAGACGUCGUCGAACAAGGACGCGGGCCAGUACCUGGAGCGGCGCAUGUCGUACGACGACGGCGGCGACGAGCCCUUCUCGGAGGAGGUGGCGGCCGAGAUCAACGAGCGGCUCACGCGGGUCGACGUGGCGCAGCUGUCGGGCCACGAGCAGAUCCAGCUGGUCGACAUCAUCGAGUGCGUCGGCCUGGUCGAGAAGCAGCGCCGCUCGCUCGACGAGAACGGCGCCCGCUUCGUGCUCUUCUUCCGCCAGCACGCCCUGCGCAAGGGCCGCACCAGCGAGAUCCAGAUGGGCUGGCGCGAGAUCAACUGGGCGUACCACUCCACCAGCCAGGACGUGCUGGUGGACUUUGUGUCGAAGCAGAGUCAUGGGAAGAUGCUGUGGGAGAAUGCGAGGGAGAGUGGGAUUUUUAUGUGGUUGGCCGAUAACGCUGCGGUGAAAGCACAGUUCGAGGUGAUCGCACGCAACGAGUACACGAAAGGCGAUCUCAAGAACCCGAUCGACUGCAGUCUGUUCUAUCUGGCACUGAAAAAGAAGACGGUUUUGCAGGGCCUGUGGCGCAUGGCGUCCUGGAAUCGCGAACAAGGUGCCACGCAGCGGCUACUAGCGAACAACUUUGAGGAUCCCAAAUGGCGGAGGUCGGCGCUCAAGAACGCGUACGCCCUGAUGAGCAAGAGACGUUUCGAAUAUGCGGCCGCCUUCUUCCUCCUCGCCGACCACCUGCACGACGCAGUUAACGUCUGCCUCAACCAGCUCAAAGACCUGCAGCUGGCCAUCGCGGUAGCGCGCGUGUACGAGGGCGACUCGGGCCCCGUGCUCCGGCGCCUCCUCGAGGAGGAAGUGCUCGCCAUCGCGGCGCAGGAGGGCAACCGCUGGCUGGCGUCGUGGGCCUUUUGGAUGCUGCACCGCCGCGACAUGGCGGUGCGCGCUCUUAUCACACCCGUGUACACGCUCCUCGAGACGCCCGGGUCGCCGGACCCGCGCUCGCGGCUGUUCCUGACCGACGACCCGGCGCUGGUCAUCCUGUACAGCCAGCUGCGGCAGAAGACGCUGCAGACGCUGCGCGGCGCCAGCAAGGUCACGCCCAAGGUGGAGUGGGAGUUUGUGCUGCACAAUGCGCGGUUGUAUGACAGGAUGGGGUGUGAUUUGUUGGGGUUGGAUUUGGUGCGGAACUGGGAGUUCCUCCAGCCUGCCGGUCCUGCCGCCGGCCUGGGUGGGGAGGUGAACCCGUUGAGAUUGCUCAGGAGGAGGGAAUCGCUGGUCGUGGCCGACUUGCCCGUGUCAUCACAGCAGCAGCAGCAACAGCAGCAACAACAGCAACAACAAACUGUGCCGGCCGAGAUGAAGUCGGGCGGACACUUGCCUAAGCAGCAGCCGGCACCGACGGCGUUUGAGGAGCCGGAUGCGAAUUCGUUGUUGGAUAGUUUUGGGUUUUGAUGGGGAGGGUUUAUUGGGAGGAGUUCUAUCUUAUUUUGUUUGUUGGCUUGGCUUAGCUUACCGGUCUCGUUUUUGGUGUUGCAUAGUUGGCGUCGAGUUAUGGUGGGGUGAGGUGGGAGUGGGUUAAGUGUACUACUAGGCAGGUACCACAAAUGUGUGUAAAAAUGGGUACCGUGUCGUGUGUAAAUAGCAAGAAACAUAGUAAGGCAGAGCACCGGAUAGCAGGUCUGGAGGAGUUGAACUGCGGUGAAUUUAAGCUACU